CUCACACUCCAAAUUAUAUAUACUCACGGGCAGGGGGAGAGGAGGUGCACAGUAACAGGGCUCGGGGCAUGGAAGAGCCGCAACUUUAAUUUACUUUCAGCAGAAUCCUAAGAACAUGGACAGCAGAAUGAAUGAGGCAAAACAGGCUCUCAAACUCCUGCAGCAGCGCUACAAGAUCUUCCAACAGCAGCAGGUCACAUUCACAAUCGCUCUGGAGCGCUGCCGCGAAAACGCCCUCGACAGGAUCCAUCCCGUGAGAACUCUGGCCCAGGUGCGCAAAUACCUGGACACUUCCUGCAACAACAGCACCGACAGGCGCGUCCUUACACUAUUCCUGGACAUCUGCUCGGAACUGGUCGAUGUGUGCGCGCAACUGCACGAACUGCAGCCCGACAAUGCAGCGGCGACACCCUUCCUGCAAUCUUGCCUGGAUCUGCUGAGUCCGACCAAUGACCUCUCCGGCCUGAGAGCCAAAUACCCCCACGAUGUCAUAAACCACCUCAGUUGCGACGAAGCAAAAAACUUCUAUGGCGGCGUAGUCAGCUUGAUUCCCAUAGUGCUGGACAAUCUCAAGGCAGCCAUUGCGGAGAUGGAUAAGACAGCGCCGCAAACUCAUCACCCAGGAAGCGGUCAGAAACACUUAGAACCUAACGAGACUAAGCCUGACAAUGCCACACAAGCCACCGGGGUUCAGACUGUGGUCACACAGCAGACUAGAGCCAAAAAGAAAUCCUAUUUGGAGUCCCUGAAACCAGCCUGGAGGCCGACGGGAAGGUUCUACACUUCUUGAAUAAGGAUCCCUGUGCCCCAAUGAGGCCUUGGCAGCCCCUGAUGGUCUCGGUUUCUCCAGGCUGGUUUCACCAUUAUCCUUAGGAACAGACUUUGGAACUGCGCCCAACCCUGUUGUGCUUUGAUGGGACUCUACUAAGAUGGAGGGGUGGGAUUCGCUAAAAGUGGGGGAAUAUUCAGUGUGGAAAC